GGGCGGGAAUAGUGUGUAGGCCUGGCUGAGGCAAGGCUUGGAGGGAAGGAAGGAAGGAGGAGGAGCGAGGAGGCGGCGGCUGGGGAGCGGGAGGAAGAUGAGGGAAUGCCCGCAGCGGCGGUGGCGUCGGCGGCGUCGGGGCUGCUUGGGCCGAGGCCGCGGGGCUUCCCCUGCUGCUGCUCCUCCUGCUCUCUAGUCCCGAGGGCGAGGUGGAGCCGGAGCCGGAGCGGCGCUUCCCGCCGAGGCUGAGGCCUGCCGCCAGUGGGAGCGGAGGGGAGGCCGCCAUGCCUUGGCUCAGCGGCGGACGGAGGCGCAGGAGGCAGCAGCAGCGCCAGCAGCAGCCCCAGCAGCAGCCCCAGGCCCAGGCGGCGUCCGCGGGGGCAGGGGAGCCCGGGACAGCCACCUCCGCCGCCGCCGCCGCCUCCGCCGCCUCCUCCUCGGCCGCCGCCGCCUCCACUGCCUCCUCCGGGGCCGGGCCUCGGGGCAGGGAGAGCUCGGAGCUGCCCUUGCCCUCCGGCUGGGAGGAGGCCCGCGACUUCGACGGAAGGGUCUUCUACAUCGACCACAACACCCGCCAGACCUCCUGGAUCGACCCCAGGGACAGGAUUACGAAGCCAUUAACUUUUGCUGACUGUGUUGGUGAUGAACUGCCUUUAGGAUGGGAGACUGUUUACGAUCAACAUAUUGGUGUUUAUUACAUGGACCAUAUAAAUCAACUCACACAAAUUGAAGACCCAAGAGAGCAAUGGAGAAGAGAACAGGAGCGUAUGCUAAAAGAAUAUUUAAUUGUUGCCCAGGAAGCACUUAAUGCCAAAAAGGAAAUUUACCAAAUUAAGCAGCAACGUUUUGAGCUAGCACAAGAAGAAUAUCAGCAGCUGCAUAAAAUGUGUGAGGAUGACAGUCGUUCUUAUGCUAGCUCAUUUUCGGGAUUUUCAACUAAUACCAAAUAUGAUCCAUGUCAGAUUAAAGCAGAAAUAGCAAGCCGACGUGACAGACUUUCCAGAUUAAAGCGAGAAUUGACACAGAUGAAGCAAGAACUACAGUACAAAGAGAAAGGAGUAGAGACACUACAAGAGAUUGACCGUAAGAUGUCAAAUGCUCACAUGAAUUAUAAACUGGAUGAAGCCCAAGCGAUAAUGAAUGAGCUUCGAAGCAUCAGAAAGGCUAUAUGUAUGGGUAAAAGAGAGAGGCAAGACCUAAUGCAGAGUCUGGUCAAACUGACAGAUGGAUUCCGAAAUAGUUUCUGUAUCACAGAAUCUCAGCAGGAUCUUCAGCGUAAUUCUAGCUUGCUCAGUAACUCUAGUUUACCUCAACAACACUCUGAUGCUUGUUCUCAGACUGACAUCAUUGGAGAGGAGUGGACAGCUUUCUCCAAUAUGCUUGGAUUUGAUGAUAAAACCCGACAUGCUGACAAAAUAAAAUUGAGUUGGCAAUAUGAAGAGGCCAAAAAGAGGGUUUUUAGUAUUCAGCAGCAGUUGGCUCUUCAGGAGCAUGAAUCUUGGCCAGGAAUGGUGGAGGCGGACAGGGACCAUCUUCAGCUCAUCAAAGAGAAGGAAGCCCUUUUACAGGAACUGCAGUUGAUAAGUCAACAGCAGAGACCGCCAGAAGACAUUGAACGUUUAGAAGAAGAAAAACGACGCUUGGAGAAUGAGAUCCAGCAAGCCCGGGCCACUUCUUCUCAUGGUGCUGCUGAAAGAUUACUGUUACAAGAGAAAAAGAAUUGUUUAUUCAUGCAGUUGGAGGAAGCAACUCGUUUAACUUCCUAUUUAUACUCCCAGUUGAAAAGCUUGUCUGCCAGUACUUUGACAAUAUCCUCUGGAAGCAGUCGAGGAUCACUGGCAUCCAGCCGUGGAUCACUGGCAUCCAGUAGGGGUUCUCUUAGCUCUGUUAGUUUCACAGACAUCUAUGGUCUUCCUCAGUAUGAAAAAUCAGACAAUGUGACAGAAUAUGGGAAGUAUAUGCGCUAUGAUCCAGUUCCAAUUGAUAUGCAUAGUAAAGAUCUUCAUUAUCAUGAAUCUGUUGGACCUUCAAGUAGCAGUAAGCAAAGAAGAUCUUUGGAUACACCUCUGUCCUUGGCAUCUCUAUCAUCACGAUCGUCUCUGUCAUCAUUAUCUCCUCCAAGCUCACCCCUGGACACUCCAUAUCUACCUGCUUCUCGGGAUUCUCCUUUGGCUCAAAGGUCAGAAGGAUAUGAAGAAAUAAUGGGCACAGGUGCCUUAGAAGUUCUCCAGGCUCAGGUCUCUACUUUGGGUGAAGACAAAGCACAAGAAACAGCAUCAGCUAAAGCUCUUGAAUAUUCUUCUACAGGCAGUGAAGGACUGCGAGAAGCAGGGAUCCAGCUGACAAGUGUUCCAACCUCAGGAGCUGUGACCCUACGAGAAGACAGUGCUAGAAGGUCAGAGAGGAGAGCCAGGCGAGUCUCAGCAUGUCUGUCCAAUUAUUCACUGGCUAGUGACAGUGGCGUGUUUGAAGCUUUAACCAAAAGGAAUGAGGAUGUGGAAGAAUCACUUUACACUGAUACUGUCAGCAGUGAAGAGCCAAAAAUGCAAGUUGGAUUCCUACAUGACAGUGGAAGUGAUUGUCUUCUGGUCCAUGUGUUGCAGCUAAAGAAUUUUUCUGGAUUUCCUGUGAAAGAGGGCUGUAAAAUACAUGUGAGAAUAUACUUACCAUCUCUUGAUUUGGGUACCUCAACCACAUACUGUUCUAGAGCUUUGGAAUUCCAGACUCCCUUAAUAUUUAAUGAAGUCUUCCAGAUCCCUGUGCAUUCAAGUAUCUUGAAAUUAAAAUCUUUGCAUCUUUAUAUCUGUUCAGUUGGCCAACACCAGCAAGAAGAAUUGUUGGGCAUUGCUCAAAUUAGUCUAGCUGAUUAUGACAGUUGUGGUGAGCUGCAGCUUCACUGGUACCCCAUCCAGAUCUUCACUGGUUCAGAUCAUGAUCAGAAAAAAGAGAAACCAAAGUGUGAAGAAAGUAUUUCUCAGUUUUUGGAAAACAAAAGUACAGUGAAAAUGGAUGCUGUGACUGCCCUUUUAGCUAGGACCACAGCUCAGCUAGAGGCUGUGGAGAGAGAGCUGGCAGAAGAGAGAGUGAAACUUGAGUACACAGAGGAGGAAAUUCUAGAGAUGGAACGAAAGGAAGAUCAGCUGGAAGCUGUAUCAGAAAGGAGCUGGCAAGCAGAAUCAGUGGACAGUGGAUGUAGUAACUGCAUGCAGACAAGUCCUCACCCAGAAUCCUAUUGUGGUGAAUCAUUACAUAGUCAUAUGUUUGUAUCUCAGACUGAUCAGUACCCCUCUGGAAAAGUUCAGUCUCCACCAUUAAAGGUGGAUAAGGAGACUAACACAGAAGAUAUCUUCCCAGAAGAAGCUGCUUUGCUUCAUAAAACCAGAACUGGCCGUCGAUCCAGAGGGUCUGCAUUUGUUCGUAGUAGCACUCUUGUUCGCUCACAGACAUUCUCGCCUGGUGCCCGAAGUCAAUAUGUCUGUCGCGUGAGUAGAAAUUACUUUUGGGCAUGUAGUCAAGAAUAGUGGCUUAAAAUUUUAAAAUGCUAUAUCCUUUUCAUUAAUAUUUGGGCCUGACCAAUAGAGCAGCUGCUUUUUGCAUAUUUCCAUGUUCCAGUUACAGCAUUACAUUCUUACAUUAAGAACUUACAAACUCCAGGAGGCAUGACGGGCAUUUUUGCAGUAUCUCUGGGCCCCUCCAGCAAUUUUAAGUCCAGGGCAUGAUUUAACAAGAAGUCUCUUUCUGUUCACUCCCUGGAGAGGCAGUUAUAUGGGAAAAAAUGUCCCCCCAUGCUCUCAAGUGUGUAUUCUGAGGCAAAGGUAUUCUUGGGGCACUCUAAGAGUCACAAAACUGGCCCUGGGAAGCCAUAUGUGGCUGAUAUAUUGCAAAUUGCCCACCCUGAUUUAGUGAGUGAUCUAUGUUUGUUUUAUCCAUUAUUGAAGUACCAAGUCAACAGCUGCCU